AUGUCCCAUGACCUAGGGAGGAACGCCUGUAUAUCUGGCCUCGAGGAGUCCUCAUUCCUACUUCCCUGCUCACAGUCCCUGCCCCGCCCCCAGACUGGCCCCACCGCUGAGCCCGCGUCCCGUUUGAAGUUUAGAAGCGCCAAUCCUUUUCUCGAUUACCAUUUGGGAGCAGGACCGGCCGAUCAACGAUUCAGAGACUUUGUACUGGUCCGCGAGCAAGCGGCACACGUGCCAAGGGCUGGGCGGGUGUUGGGCCGUUCGGUGGAGACACCGAAGGAUCGUCCGGAGGAUGUUGGUCCCUCCAAAGCCGGGCCAAACGCCAUAUCCCAGAAUCUUAACACCCCUCGUCACGGGGACCGAAAAUCCAGCAUGGGGCGAUAUCAAAUCAACAACACCCAAUCACCCCCAGCCGGAGAGACGGCGUGA